AUGACGUCGUUUCUAGCCUUCUCUACCAUUCCCACUCUCGGCUUCUCUUCUUCUUCUUCUUCUUUCUCUCGAGCUUCUUUUCCUUCUCGGCUAAAUUCGCUCUCUCUUAACCACCGUUCCAAAUUGUGCAAGUCUGUUGUAAAAUGCAACUAUGCAGAAGUAGGCGUAAAAGAUGGGUUCAAAUCCACAACAAUUGAUGUUGUAGCUGAUGUAAAGACCGAACGGGUUGUAGUCUUAGGAGGCAGUGGUUUUGUGGGUUCUGCAAUAUGCAAGGCUGCUGUGUCCAAGGGCAUAGAGGUUACAAGCUUAAGCAGGUCAGGGCGCCCUAGUUACCCCGGUUCAUGGAUAGAUCAGGUUACUUGGAUACAAGGAGAUGUUUUCUAUACAAACUGGGAUGAAGUACUAUUUGGGGCGACUGCAGUAGUUUCAACAAUCGGAGGUUUUGGUAGCGAGGAGCAGAUGCAAAGAAUUAAUGGCGAGGCUAACAUUGUUGCAGUCAAUGCUGCCAAAGAAUUUGGAAUUCCAAAGUUUAUCUUGAUCUCAGUACAUGAUUACAAUCUACCAUCAUUUGUACUGUCAUCUGGAUACUUCACAGGAAAGAGGAAGGCAGAGUCAGAGGUUCUCUCCAAAUAUCCGAAUUCUGGUGUUGUUUUGAGACCUGCUUUAAUCUAUGGAAGAAGGAGGGUUGAUGGUUUUGAGAUUCCUCUGGAUUUGAUUGGGGAACCGGCAGAGAGAAUUCUCCGUGCUAUUGAGAACUUCACCAAACCCCUAAGUUCCCUUCCAGCAUCGGAUCUCCUGUUGGCACCACCUGUUAGUGUUGAUGAUCUUGCACUUGCGGCAGUAAAUGCAGUGACAGAUGAUGACUGCUUCGGUGUAUUCACAAUUGAACAAAUCAAGGAAGCUGCAGCAAAAGUGAAAGUAUGA